AUGAAAUUGUCUAAUCUUUUGGUAUCUAUAUUCGAGGUAUUGGCGUUUUGUUUAAUAGUAUUUGUCGUGGCUUGCUUAAGCCUAAAUCUGUUUCAAAGUGCUUCAUCUGAAAAAAGUGUCAGCGAAUUUUGUUUACCAUUGUUAAAUGUAAUCGCCACGAUUUUAUGUCUGUUUAUAGGCAACUAUAGCGCACAGAUUAUAACAGAUCACAAUAAUUACGUAUUCUCUACUGUAUACAACGUUCAGUGGUAUAGAGCUCCAUUACAUAUACAAAGAAUAAUAUUGUUUCUAUUACAAAGAAAAGCUAAGGAGUUUACUUUGAAUAUCGGUGGAUUAUUUACUGGUUCUAUGGAAUGUUUCGCCAUGUUAGUAAAGACUUCGAUAUCUUAUUUUACUGUCAUAUAUUCCACGCGAUGA